GCUGUUGAGGGGGUUCCGGGAAAAUGGUGCUGAUUAAAGAAUUCCGUGUGGUUUUGCCGUGUUCUGUGCAGGAGUAUCAGGUCGGACAGCUUUACUCCGUUGCAGAAGCUAGUAAGAAUGAAACUGGUGGCGGAGAAGGAAUUGAAGUCUUAAAGAAUGAACCUUAUGAGAAGGAUGGAGAAAAGGGACAAUAUACACACAAAAUUUACCACUUGAAGAGCAAAGUUCCUGCAUUUGUGAGGAUGAUUGCUCCUGAGGGCUCCUUGGUGUUUCAUGAAAAAGCUUGGAAUGCUUACCCCUACUGUAGAACAAUUGUUACGAAUGAAUACAUGAAAGAUGAUUUCUUCAUUAAAAUUGAAACCUGGCACAAACCUGACUUGGGAACACUAGAAAAUGUUCACGGUUUAGACCCGAACACAUGGAAGACAGUGGAAAUUGUCCACAUAGAUAUUGCAGACCGAAGUCAAGUUGAACCAGCAGACUACAAAGCUGAUGAAGACCCAGCGUUAUUCCAGUCAGCCAAGACCAGAAGAGGCCCACUGGGACCCAACUGGAAGAAGGAGCUGGCCAACAACCCCGACUGUCCUCAGAUGUGCGCCUAUAAACUGGUGACCAUCAAGUUCAAGUGGUGGGGGCUGCAAAGCAAAGUAGAAAACUUCAUUCAGAAGCAAGAAAAACGGAUAUUCACAAACUUUCAUCGCCAGCUCUUUUGUUGGAUUGACAAAUGGAUCGAUCUGACAAUGGAAGACAUUAGGAGAAUGGAGGAUGAGACUCAGAAAGAACUAGAAACAAUGCGUAAGAAGGGUUCCGUCCGAGGCACGUCGGCUGCUGAUGCCUAGAUGAGCCCCUGUAGGGUCAGAGACAUUAUCAAACUGUCUACGUAACCAAGGUCAAGUGAGGGGAACAAGUGCAGCCAGUGACGAGUGAAGUGACGAGUAUCUCGCAGUGUUGACGUUUCCAGCGUGUGCUUAUGAUGACGCAGACACAGGCACAGGUUCCCAGCCGCGCGCGCAUGUGUGUGUGUGUGUGUGUUUCUGUAGCUGUAUGUAGAAGGCGUGUAGAGCUACAGGUUCCAGAUACACACACGUGUGUUGUAUAUAUGUAUAUACAAACAUACUGACGGGAUUAGAACAAUUUCUCCGAAGUACUGUACCUAUCUUCAGCAAGAAUGCGAAAGAAAAUAUUUUCCAUAUAUAUACCUGGAACAGAUUUUAAUAAUGAUCAGAGUAUACCAUUAAUGGACAAAUUGACUGCAGUGUGAUACUAGCUGGUAUGUUUCAUAAAUGUCAAGUUGUGGACCAAUAUAUAUGUACAUAUAUAUAUAUAUAUAUAUAUAUGCACAUAUAUAUAUAUUUUACAUUUUACAUACAUACAUACAUGUAUGUAUAUAUGAAUGAAACGCCUUUUGUUAUUUUUCCUUUUUUUUACAAGUCAGUUUCCAAACAGUUUUGUUUUAGUCCCAUAAGCAACAAACUCCCACAGAAAGAUUUCAAAGGUUUUGGUAUUCCAGUGAGUGUGGAAUGUAAACUCUGAAUGUAUCUGUAGCUAUUUUUUUCCUGGAUGGUCACUGUCUUCCAGCCAAAUUUGAAAAUACUGAUUAAGUAAGGAGUAAAAUUAUAAGCUGCUUUUUACUAGUUUGCCCUGGGGGUGGGUCCUUUUUAAAAAAAAUUCCAGUUUUUAUUGGAUUUUUGUAUUUUAAAUUUCAAGUAUUUUUCUACAUCAAACCAGCAAGAAACCAGUGAUGACGGUUCGUGAUUUAUAUCUAAUAGGCGACAGUUUCCAGACUCUUGUUAAGCAGACAAGUCAGUGAAGAAACCCAUCUUAGCAGUGGUCGGCUGUGUGAAGACUAUGGCUCAGCACUGCUGGCCUGCGUUUCUGAAGUGACUUCUCGUCUGCAUUCCUCUCAGUUCAUGGGGUGGCAUGGGAGAGUGCUGACAUUUGGCUCCUUUCCUGUGGCAGCCAUGUCACUGGGGAGACGCGGAUUCUGAGGUUGGAGCAGGUUAAGUGUGGCACAGGGCUGGCCUCUACCCUGUCCAGAAACCCCAUGUGCGCACUCUAGAAGGGAGCCUGGUCUGGAUGAGCAUCCCAAAAUGUUGGUCACAAGUUAUGGCCACCCUUUUAACCCUUUUUUUCCCCCUUUCUUUUUUAAAAGCAACAUUAGCUAGGUAAAAUUUUUUAAGUCUGUUUUCCCUGUCUGAAUUCAGUUCUCCUCCUGUUGAUCCUGGAAGCUUGACUGGAGUGACACUGCUGAAGCCUUCAGCUCACACUGUCUCUGACUCCUCCCUCCUGAGACAGCAGUCGGGUCCGUUAGUAUUAGUGAUACCACCGGCUUGCCAUUCUGGGUCCCCACUGGAGCUGUCAGUGAGUUGGACAGGGAUGUCUAAGAUUCCUACUGCAUUGCCGAACCCCAUCACCCCACACUCUGUGUGUCCCCUGUGUCCUCAGGAUAACAGCUCAUGUUUACUCUCGGGAAGCUGUUGGAAGAUAGGCGUGGUCAGAGCAUGAUCGCGGUCCAGAGUACUUGGUGGAAGGUUAUUGCUAACUUUGGGAAAGAGAGAACCUAGCUUUCUCCUUGGUGAACCUAACUCUGGCAUCUGGCGUCUCCUUGGAGGCUUGGGCACACAGAAAUGAGAGCCUGUGCACGGACUUUAAUGUUUUUUCUAACAACUGUGGAGAUUGAGGGAAUGUGUGGCGAAUGUAAAAUACCUAGUUUACUUGGCAGUCUCUUGUGUAAAUUACAGUAAAACAAAGUAAAUGAAAUUUAAAUGAAAAUAAAUUUGAUCACAAAAUGCCA